AUGGGCUUAAAAACACGCUUCAAGGGCCUGCUUCUCUCAGAUAAAAAAGGAAUUUCAACCUCGCCAUCGCCGUCGCCAUCCACAGCGGGCACAGACAAAAAUGAUAGCAUAACAACAGUGCUCAGCAGUCAUGCUCUACAACCGGGUGACCAGAGCUCUGAUGCGAGUCUUACUACCGAGUACAGCACGCCUGGGGACUUGUGGGAUGAAGCCUACACUAUUUUCAGCAGGGAACGCCCGAAAUUGAAGGAUAGAUACGAAGAGAUCUUGUUGACUCAAGAGGAAAGAAAUGGCGAACCAACCCAGAAUCAUCUACCGCCCGUUGGUUCAUAUCAACGCGAGGAGCAACUACGGCAAAUAGUGAAGAGCAAGGUUGAAGAAAUCGAUCUAGCGCAAUGGCAACUCAAGAUUGGUAGCCACUCUGUGGAUGUCAGCGGUCAGUUUGACAAAGCUGUCAAGAUUGUGGUUGCAGCCAAGGACUUUGUAUCGUCCGCUGUCAGUGCAGAGCCUCAUGCCGCAUUGGCCUGGGCUGGAGUGUGCAUUUUCUUGCCGCUUCUUUUGAAUCCUUCAGAGCAGAAGUCUGCUGCCUAUAAUGGCCUUGAGGCUGUCCCCUUUGCUGUGCGCAGGCUGAGGGUCAUGGAGAGACUCAUCAGACCAGGAAACUCUGGGUUGACUAGGAGUAGCUAUCAAUCAGAUAGCCUGGAGGUGGUCAAAAGCUUUGAAGAUACAGCUGUCGAGCUGUAUAAGACAAUCCUCGAAUUCCAGACCCGACUAUUGAGGCAGUAUUCAGAUAAUUGGGCAAAACGCUACGGACGAGAUGUUUUCAAAGCCGAUGACUGGACGAAUCUGACCAGUCGGAUCAGGAGUCUUGAGGUAAGGUGCACCGAGAUCGCUCAGGAUUUGAGUCGGGAGCGGAUUGAGAGAGCUCUGCAAGUCAGUGAGCACAGCAUGCAACGCGGUCUGCAGGAGGUCCAGCAAGAGUUGAAGAAAAUGAUGCGUGGCAUUGAGCAGCAGACUAGGAUGCAAUCUGCUUGGCGUCAGACCGACGAGGAGCGCAAGUGUAUACAACUGUUCCGACAAUCGAACCCGUACGAGAAUCAGAAGAACAGAACGCCCAAAAGAGUACUGGAAACGGGGAAAUGGUUCCUGGAGAAUGAUAAGUUUCUCGAUUGGCGAGUGAAUGAAGGACCCGAUCUUCUUUGGUUGUCUGCUAAGCCCGGUUCGGGCAAAUCUGUUUUAGCAAAGACGAUAAUCGACGAGGGCCUAAGCACCUUGAGUCACCAGAACCAGUCUGCGGCCUGUUAUUUCUUCUUCAAAGAUAUCUCUCCGUACCAAAGAAGUGCACUCAGCGCCUUAUCUGCGAUCUUGCACCAACUUUUCUCCGCGUUCCCAUCUUUGGUGAAACAUGCUCUCAUGCCUUAUGAUCUCAAUGGAAAGGAACUACUCCACUUGUUUGACGACAUGUUUGGUAUCCUCUGCCAAGCAGCUACGGAUCCCUCCGUCGGACAAAUCGUGUGCGUACUGGAUGCUCUCGACGAAUGCAGUCCCGAUGAUCGAUUCUCUCUGAUUGAAGCUAUCACCAAUCUUUACCACAAAGCCAAGAAUCCUACAAGCAAUGGCAAUCACCCUAAGUUGAAGUUUCUCCUAACUAGCCGUCCUUAUUCGGAUAUCCAUUCGCAGUUCCAUGAUCUCAUGAAAGAGACUCCUACAAUCCACUUGUCAGGGGAUCAUGAAUCCGAGAAGAUCAAAGAUGAAAUCGAUCUGGUCAUUGACGUCGAUAUUCCAAAGCUGGCUGGCGAAAGGGGUUUUGACGAAGAGGCGACAAAGUACCUUCUUGAGGAGUUGCACACAGUCGACAACAGAACGUAUCUGUGGCUGAGCCUGAUUAUGGAGGAGAUUCGCCUCAGUCAGCGACCGGCCAACAAGCGAGAACUGCGAAAGAUCAUCUCGGGCUUGCCGCGAAGUCUGAUUGAUGCUUACGACGGAAUCCUAAAGAGAUGCCGCCACCCAGACCUUGCAAGACAGCUCUUGCAUAUCAUCCUGGCAGCCCACGAGCCUUUAACAGUCGAUGACAUGAAAAUAACCACCGCUCUUGCAAGUGACUUUGAAUAUCGCUCAUAUGACGAAAUUGGGAUCGAACGGUCAGAUGUCUUCGAAAUGAGAAUCAAAAAUGCUUGCGGGCUUAUGGUGACCAUUGACGACGGCUCUGUAUUUCUCAUCCACCAAACAGCCAAGGAAUUUUUGAUUAACGACGGCGAUGCGACUCAAAACAGUGAGACUUGGAAACACAGUUUCAGUCCGCUAGAUUCGGAAAUAUUACUCGCAAAAAUCUGCAUUACUCUGCUUUCUUUCACUUAUUUUUCCGAAACCCCACUCAAAAUCGACGAAGACGAUAGUGAACCUCAAAAGGUCGUUACUGAAUAUGUCAGGAAUAACCCAUUCCUAGAAUAUGCAGCGAUGAAUUGGACGGAACACGCCGAGAAAGCCGAACUUGAUAAAGAUUCAAGAUGGGUGCCGUCUAUGAUGUCCCUUUGCAGCGUGGAUCAACCGGCAUUCAGGACAUGGUACACGAUUUACCUACGAUUGGGCGAAAAACGUCUUCCUUGGACAAUGACAAGCCUUAAUAUUGCCGCUGAAUUUAACUUUUCGAAUGUGCUUGCUUCUCUUCUCGAAAGUGGGGAGGACCCAAACGAGCCUGAUGGCCAUGGAGCAACGCCCCUUGCGCGGUCUGUGCCGAAAUCUAAAAGAGCCGUGGACCUUCUUUUAGAUGCCAACGCAGACAUCAAUGCGCACGGAUGGGAGGAGCCCUGGUAUGUCGAGCUCGCCGACUCAGGGAGCGAAGUUGAAUGCAGGCUGUUUGCAGGUUCCCCUCUGGUCAUGGCUAUAUUUGGCGAGGAUCUCGAAAUGGUCAAAUAUCUCAUCAAACGUGGAGCUGAGAUAAACUUCCCCCCCCCAUGA